AUGGCCGAUAAACUGCGCACCCUCCAAAACCUCGAGGCACUCCAGGCCCGCUAUAUCGGUACAGGACAUGCCGAUACAACCAAGUACGAAUGGACAUCCAACAUUAUCCGCGACAGCUAUGCUUCGUACAUCGGACAUCCACCAUUGCUCCAAUACAUGGCGAUCGGUAUGGGCGAACCAAAGGAAAAGGUCAGAGCUAUGAUGGUUGAAAAAAUAGUCCGAGGAGCAGGGAAUCCGCCAGAUACAAGUGAAUGA